UUAGUAACUGAUAAGUGAUAACAUUGUCUAUGUGAUAAUCGAUAGACCAUGUGGAUUUGAAUUUUGAGUUUUGAACGCCAGAGCCAGGUUUACGAUGCCGACGAAUUUGUAUAGAGUACAAGGACCCGAAGGAGCCAUUCCUUUCCAUCAGUUUUUGCUCACCGAAAAAUACGAUAAACUUAAAACCAUCGCUUCAUCGCUACACAAAAAUGUUCGAAACGAUAAUAGAGAUUUCUCAGAGCAAAGAAAAUUAUGUGUUAAAACUGGCGUUAUUACCCAAGCUAAAGGUUCGGCAUAUGUUGAAUGCGGACGUACAAAAGUGAUUUGCUCUGUGUUCGAUCCUAAAGAAGUCCCCAAUAAAGUAGAGUAUGCCAAGACCGGAGAAUUGCAGUGUGAAUUUAAGUUUACAACUUUCUCCAGUAUUCAACGUCGUGGUUAUACUAGAGAUGCAGAAGAACGUCAACUGUGCAAUGAGUUGCGCAGAGCUCUCGAGCCUGCAAUUUGUAGAGGUGAAUUUGCAAAUUUUGAAAUUCAAAUCAACGUAUUGGUGUUGGAAAAUGAUGGAUCUGUCUUAGCAACAGCAAUUACCGCAGCUGGACUUGCGUUAAUAGAUGGCUGCAUACCUAUGUAUGAUGUAAUUACUGCUACCUCAUUGGGAGUUUAUGAAAACAAGAUUUUAGUCGAUCCAACUUAUGAUGAAGAAUCCCUAUGUUUAUCGACAACGUCAGAAGGGCAAAGUUGUGGCACUGUCGUGUUGGCAUACAUGAAAAAUCUGCAACAAAUAACUGAGUUUGCUCAGAACGGUUCUAUGGAUAUUUUUAUGUUUCCCGAAUACGUUCAGACUCUUAUAGAGAAAAAUUGUAAAUUAUACACAAUGGUAAUAUCUACAAUUAGAAAUGACGUAGCUGAACACUUCAAAAAUCAAACCUAAAUGUAAUUUAAAAAGAUGAACAAUCUAAAUGUUAACUUGUAUUUAUGUAUAUUUUUUUGUAUUAAAAAUUAUAAUUACACACAUUAUCGAGACUUA